AUGAAUAGCGGUAACGGCUAUGCAAUGCCUCCGCCCUCCACGUCGACGGCCGCCAAACGCGUGGCCGCAGACCUCACUCAACAGAUCCACGACAACCAUAAGAGACCCAAACGUGAUAUGAAUGACAAUAUCGUUGCCGACAAUCACUUGAUUAACACAAACUUCGGUUUUGAUCGCAAUCUAACUCUAGUGACCAACUCUUUGAACAAUUUGACCACAAAUGGACACCAAUUGGACGACCACUUCGGCGACGGCCUCUCCGACGACGAGCUGAACGAUGUGUUGAGUCAAGUGGCGGAACACCACCAACCCGUCCAUCAGAUCCAUCAGAUCCGCUUCCACUCCACCACCGCUGCCGCCAAUGGACGCAAUCCGUCACAACUGAGCACUCAAUUCAUACGAAUGGCCGAUCAGGUCAUGUCCACCGAUGAGACCCAAAACAAUGGCAGUUCGGGUCAAACGAAUGGCCACAACAAUGGGGGCGGUAUUGCGAGCGCCGAAGCGAAUGAGGGAAGGAUUAAAAUACUUGAGUCUCGGAACCAGAAGUUGAGCGAAGAGUUGGCUAAUUAUAAAUCACAAGUGAUUCAAACGAAGAGACAAGUGGUUGACGUUAGGACUGAGUAUAAGCAACAGAUCGGAGACAUUAACCGCAAACACGAGUCCGAAAUGCUGUUCACAAAGAGUGAACUCCAACUCUGCCAACAGAUGAACGAGAAGUUGCAGACAUUCAUCGACAGCAAGUCCUUCGCCGACGGAAAUAAAGUGGAAUUUGUGUCCAAUUUUCUCAAGAAUCGCAAUCAUAGCCAAACGUUUUCGCAGUUAAAAAUGCAAGAGUUUUACGGGCCGUUACCGACGCAGCCGUUGUCGACGCAACAGAUGAGCGGAUCCGCUAUCGGGUCGACGCCCGACAGGAAUGUAUUUAAGACACCGAACAGUAUAAGAAUGAGUCAAUCGUAUCUGUCGUCGACGCCCACCGAAAUACCGGCCACACAAUCGCCGUAUCAUUUCUAUUUGUAA